CGACGACCCUCUGUUUUGAUCAGAAGCCCUCAGGCUUCCGCAUUUUGAUGCUUGAGCCAUCGGGCCCCCCGGCUGCUCAAGCAUGGUGGAGCCCUUGUACUCCUUGCUUUGAUGGCCCUCGAGGCCUAUCCGGCGGCCUUCCCCUCUUCCGGCUGAUCUGUGGCAGCGCUCGCAGGAGGUCCAGAUCUGGCGUCCAUCGCGGUCGGCUGCUGCUUUCGGAUGAUUGCCGCCGCCGCUCGGUUUCCCGCCCCGGCAUCCUAGAGCUUGGCGCAACUUCUCCAAGGGUAGAUUGAAAGGUGUCCCAUUUGGAUAGCUCGACCAAAGGCCGUGGUCUCACUGAGUCCUUAGUGGUUGUUCGAGUGUCAAGUGCACCUCCCUUCGACCUCUGUGUAUGGGUCUAUUCUGAUCCUUUCGUUCCAUAUGUAAUUUUAUUGUUUAUUAUCUUUGUAGAUGCCGUUUCGCGGUCUUUGUAAUGCAACAAUCUCGUUAUUUCUCAAAAAAAUCUAUUUAAAUGAUCACUAGAAAUCUAUAAAUAGAUUAUCCAUGU